UCAACAGCGGAGUAAUUUGAAGUGACCCACUUAGGUGGUUGUGUUCUUUAACGUUUAGCAGUCCAGCGACCAGUCACUCGACUUUUAGACCCCGGUUGAAAGGUAUCAUGGAGCGGUGGUGCAACAAAGUGGCCGUGGUUAGUGGAGCCAGUGCCGGAAUUGGUGCUGCCUGCACCCGGGCUCUGAUCGGAGCAGGCAUGGUAGUUGUGGGCCUGGCCAGGCGACAGGAGCGGGUGGAGCAGCUCCGGAGUCAACUGAGUCCCGAACAGCAGUCGCGGUUGCAUCCAAUCAGGUGCGAUAUCACUCAGGAGGAUCAGGUGUUGAAGGCCUUCGACUGGACAGGCCGGAAUCUCGGAGGCGUGGACGUCCUGGUAAGCAAUGCCGGCAUCAUAGGCACUGGAGAGCUCAGCGAGCGGAAGGAUGGUGCUGCCAUGAGGUCCACCGUGGAGACCAACAUCAUGGGCACCGUCUACUGCGUGCGCGAGGCCUUCCAUUCGAUGAGGAAGCGGGAGUCCGAAGGUCACGUGGUCAUUGUGAACAGCGUGGCGGGUUACCAGGUGCCCAACCUUGGACCCCAGCUGCCAUCGCUCAACAUCUAUCCGGCCACCAAGUUUGCCCUUCGCGCCAUGAACGAGAUCUACCGCCAGGAGUUCCAGCGGCACAAGACCGCGGUUAGGGUUUCGACCGUAAGUCCCGGCAUGGUUGACACGGACAUCCUUCCGGAUCAGAUUCAGGAUGUCGUCAAACAACACAUGCCCAUGCUGCGAAGUGACGACGUCGCCGAUGCGGUUCUGUGGGUUAUCGGCACUCCACCUAAUGUUCAGGUGCAAAACAUAACCAUCAAGCCUCAAGGCGAAAAGUUCUAGUCCAGCCUUAUAAAUGGAAAAAUGCAAUCGACAAAAAAAGAAUAAAAUAGUUCUCAAUA